AUGAAGCAGUUCCUAGAAGUCUUGAAUGUGACUGAGCAAAAUGCAGUUGAGAAAGGUACAAAGCUAUUCGCGUCGCAACUAAAGACGAAGUCCCUGCGUGUCACAUUGCUGUCGACGCUAGAUAUUAUCAAUUAUCUGUUCAACAAGGGAGCGCUUUAUGUGCUCACUGCCAAGCUCAACCAAGACCCCUUGGAACAGUAUUUUGGUCUUGCACGAUCAUUUAGAGGAGAUGAGUCGCACCCCACUGUCAUGAAUUUCUCGCAGAUAUUUUGUCUGCUGAGCCUCUACACACCCAUCAAAACAGCACUACGUGGAAGUGUACAAGGUGAACCAAAUGCUGUACUUGUCACAUUGAACACUGCUCGAGCAGUUUAUCGCUUGAACAGAGCUAGUUUGAGAAAUGAAAUUGAGGCUAGGCUGUUAGCAAUUACUUCUGGUCCUUCAAGCUUUCUUGAUCGAAUGGACAUCGAAUACAGCUAUUUCAGAGGCGAUGUAGACGAUGCUGUGACAUACCACUUAUGUGGCUAUGUCAUACACAAAAUGAGCAAGCACACAGAGUGUGAGUUGUGCCUGCAUGACAUCAGCUCAACUGUUCCACUCGUUAGUUCCGAUGCAUUAUUGACAACAUAUCGCAGCUUUAAGGAAAGGAGCCUCAAGCAUUUAACAAUGAAGAGGCUACAGUUCAUAAAAAUUGCAAAUGACUCCGUAUCAUUUUUCCUUGAUCAGGCAGGUCUCCGCGGUGACCUAUUUUGGAAAGUCCUGGAUGAGCUAGAUAAGUGCACUCUUGCUCAGCUGGGUUGCAAUGGGCACAUGUGCGCAUUCACGUGCCAGAUACUGAACUUUUUCAUUGCCAUGCGAAUGCAUUUCAAUGCGAGAGAUGCGAACCGCCACUUAGAAACACGAGAGAAAGUAGCCAUCACAAACAAAAAAAGCUCAUCUUCUGCAAAGCCACGCGGCAAAUUCAUAAGCCGUAUGCGGCUCCUGUAA